AUGCGCAAGUGGACAUUUAUUCCCCUACAUUCGUGGGUCCAAAAAAUUAGCACAACAAAUUACAAAAUUGAAAAAUCAGGGAAGUCCGGUCCUCCCUUAAUAAAGCCGGAAGGAAGGGACUGUUCCGAGAAAAGAACAGCGUUUGCAACGAGCUCUAAGACCGUCAGCACGAAGACAGUGGCUUUGCCUGGUCUGAAUGUUAAGGCUGGCACCAGUGCUGAAACUACAGCUAAGCCAGGUUCCAGCAAGGCAACAACAACAGCGGCACCCGGAGCCAAGCCUACCAACCAGAGGCAGAAAACAAAGGGAGAAGCCAAAAGUGUAGUUGCUGGUGCAGUGCCGAAAGAAUGGCCUACCCUUAGGGUGGAAGAGCCAUCGAAGGCGAAGUAUGCAGAGAGGAAACGCGCUGCAUACAUUCUAAGAAGAGCUCACCUGCAUCCACCAAACAAGGAGGAGCUCACUAAGGAUCUCAAAGAAACCUUAGAGUGUGCUAAAGCGGUUCUUCCCAAUUUCAGCAUAGAACCGCCAGCAGGAACGAAGACAGCUGAAGAGGCUAAGCCGUCGGCUAAACGACCGAAGAUAAAAGAGACGCCCAAUAGAUCGUUUGCGGAUGUGGCCCGGAACCGCAUUAUCAUUGGUGUUCUGGAUGAGGGCGAUCCUGAAUUCCCAGAACCCAAUUGA